CCUUCCCUGUUUAUUUGCCUCAGAAGUCACUGCUAGCAAGCUGCAGGCUUUUUUUCUCAUGUGCAAAAAUGAUCAGUGAUGUGUUAACACUUCAAAUUUGGGAUGCACUACUACAACCAGUGUGCCAGGACCAGCGGUUCAAUGACCUGAGCAAUAGCUUCUGAAGAUCAGUUCUUGCCUUAAGACAUCUUAUGUGAAGCAUCCAGAAAUGCAGAUACCCAAAAAUCAUUUCUGGCUUAGAGUCUGCUCUGGAAAGAAGGAACGUAUCCUCCAUCUGGAAUUUAGCAAGGGGAUAUGAAUCCCUGGCCACAGUGAAGAGCAGUUUAUUUAAAAUAUGCAAACAGAAAGCAAUAGCUUCCAUGCUGUUAUCAACCACCAGAGCUUGUUUCCUCUCCAGGCUGACUCUUACUUACUCCAGUUGUCAGCAGACCGUGCUUUACUAGCUCCAGUGGACAGCAAUUACCAAACCUGCAGAUCCCUUUCUUCUUCUUAUGGGGACCCAGACAAAACAGAUGACAAAAAGGAACCAGAUUGUUUUGCUGGAACUGCAGUUUAUCAUAAUUCCUGCAAGUACCCAGUGCCUAAGACCCACCACCAAUAUUUUCCCCACACUUAUUUUUAUCAGGCUUGAUCGUCUCUUUAUUUUACUGGACACCGGUACAACACCAGUAACAAGAAAAGCAGCUGCACAGCAACUUGGGGAAGUAGUGAAACUGCAUCCUCAUGAACUGAAUAAUCUCUUAUCUAAAGUGUUAGUGUAUUUAAGAAGUACGAACUGGGAUACUCGUAUUGCAGCUGGCCAGGCUGUUGAAGCAAUAGUGAAAAAUGUACCUGAGUGGAAUCCAACUCCAAGAUCAAAACAAGAACCAGGCUCAGAAAGUCCUGUGGAAGAUUCCCCUUCAACAGAUCGGUUGCGUUUUGACAGAUUUGAUAUCUGUCGGUUGUUAAAACAUGGUGCAUCUCUUCUUGGAUCUGCUGGUGCAGAAUUCGAAGUCCAAGAUGAUAAAUCAGGUGAGAUUGAUCCUAAAGAGAGGAUAGCGCGCCAGAGGAAACUGCUGCAAAAGAAACUUGGCUUGGAUAUGGGCGCUGCGAUUGGAAUGAAUACUGAGGAUCUGUUCAAUGAUGAAGAUCUGGACUAUUCCCCUUCUUCAGUUUUACUAGUAAACAAACAACCUACUCUUCAGGCUGCUGAGUUAAUUGACUCAGAAUUUCGAGCUGGUAUGAGCAGUAGACAAAAGAAUAAAGCCAAAAGAAUGGCUAAGCUAUUUGCAAAGCAAAGAUCCAGAGAUGCAGUGGAAGCUAAUGAGAAGAGCAAUGAUAGCACCGAUGGGGAACCAGAAGAAAAGAGAAAAAAAGUUGCAAAUGUUGUCAUCAACCAGCCUGCUACAGACUCAAAAACAUUGGUAGAAAAUGUUCAAGAAGAGGCAAAUGAGUGGCCUCUGGAAAGCUUUUGUGAAGAGGUGUGCAAUGACCUCUUCAACCCUUCUUGGGAGGUUCGACAUGGUGCAGGUACUGGACUGAGAGAGAUACUUAAAGCUCAUGGUAAAAGUGGUGGUAAAAUGGGAGAUAGCUCUCUAGAGGAGAUGAUUCAGCAGCAUCAGGAGUGGCUAGAAGACUUGGUUAUUAGACUUCUUUGUGUGUUUGCAUUAGACCGAUUUGGAGACUUUGUUUCAGAUGAAGUGGUAGCACCAGUACGUGAGACUUGUGCUCAGACUUUGGGAGUAGUAUUGAAACACAUGAAUGAGACUGGAGUUCAUAAAACUGUGGAUGUUCUCCUGAAGCUGCUUACGCAGGAACAGUGGGAAGUGAGACAUGGUGGUCUCCUAGGAAUAAAGUAUGCUUUGGCAGUACGUCAGGACAUGAUCAAUACUUUGUUGCCUAAAGUAUUGCCUGCAAUAAUUGAAGGUCUGCAAGAUCUGGAUGAUGAUGUCCGAGCUGUUGCUGCAGCAUCUUUAGUACCAGUAGUGGAAAGCCUGGUCCAGCUUCAGUCUCAGAAGGUGCCUUUUAUUCUUAAUACCUUGUGGGAUGCACUUCUGGAGUUGGAUGACUUGACAGCUUCCACGAACAGUAUCAUGAUCCUUCUUUCAUCCCUUCUGACUUACCCUCAGGUCCGCAAAUGCAGUAUUCAGCAGUCACUCACAGUUCUGGUCCCACGUGUGUGGCCAUUCUUGCACCACACUAUAUCUUCUGUGAGAAAAGCAGCUCUGGAAACGUUAUUCACGCUCUUGUCUACCCAAGACCAGAGUUCUUCAACAUGGUUGACUCCAAUUCUGCAAGACAUGUUGAGGCACAUAUUUCAGUUUUGUAUCUUGGAAAGCAACCAAGAAAUUCUGGAUCUUAUUCACAAGGUGUGGCUGGAACUGUUAAACAAGGCAUCUGUACAGUAUGUGGUUGCAGCUGCUUGUCCAUGGAUGGGAGCCUGGCUCUGCUUAAUGAUGCAGCCAUCUCAUUUGCCCAUUGACUUAAACAUGUUGCUAGAAGUAAAAACUAGAUCAAAAGAAAAGGCAGGUGCUAAACUGCGUCAAGGUCAAACCCAGAAUAAGGAAGUGAUUCAGGAAUAUAUUGCUGGGGCAGACAGCAUUGCAGAAGAUCCAGCAACAAGGGAUUAUGUUGUCAUGCGUGCUCGGAUGAUGGCAGCAAAGUUGCUGGGAGCACUUUGUUGCUGCAUUUGUGACCCAGGUGUAAAUACUGUUACUCAAGAAAUAAAGCCAGCUGAAUCAUUAGCUCAGCUCCUGCUCUUCCACUUGAAUUCUAAAUCUGCCUUGCAGAGGAUUAGUGUUGCGUUAGUAAUCUGUGAGUGGGCAGCCUUGCAAAAGGAGUGUACAACUGUGGCUAUUUGUGUGCAGCCUCGUUUACUUGGGGUCCUUUCUGAACAUCUCUAUUACGAUGAAAUUGCUGUUCCUUUUACCAGAAUGCAAAAUGAAUGUAAACAACUCAUCUCAUUGUUAGCUGAUGCACACAUUGACAUUGGAAACAGAGUAAACUGUAGUGUGUUUACAAUAGAUCAAGCUAAUGAGCUGGUUACUUCCGUUUUCAAUGAAGUGACAUCAUCCUUUACUUUGAAUCCUAAAGUUCUACAGCAGUUGGACAGUAAGCGACAGCAGGUCCAAAUGACUGUUACAGAAACAAAUCAAGAAUGGCAAGUGCUGCAUCUGCGAGUGCACACAUUUGCUGCAUGUGCAGUUGUGAACUUGCAGCAACUUCCAGAAAAACUAAAUCCUGUUAUAAAACCCUUAAUGGAAGCUAUCAAAAAAGAGGAGAAUACACUUGUACAAAACUAUGUGGCUUCAUGUAUAGCAAAGUUGCUUCAGCAGUGUACGACAAGAUCUCCCUGUCCCAACUCAAAGAUUAUAAAAAAUCUCUGCAACUCCCUCUGUGUGGAUCCACAUCUUACCCCACUAGCAGCAUGUCCUGCACAGCCUCAGAGUAGCCAUGAAAACUCAAAAGGGCCCAACUCUGAUAAAGAUGGGAUGCAGCAUACAGUUACUAAGCACAGGGGAAUAAUUACACUCUACAGACAUCAGAAAGCUGCUUUUGCCAUCACAAGUCGGCGAGGUCCUACUCCAAAAGCUCCAAAAGCCCCUAUUGCAGAUCUCCCCACAGGCAGCAGUGGAAGCAUUCCUACAGAGCUCGAUGAGGCUCAGAAACCUUAUGUUGUACAGAGAAGAGGAGCUGAAUUUGCCUUAUCUACUAUAGCUAAACACUUUGGUGCUGAAAUGGCAACAGGAUUGCCACAUCUCUGGGAUGCUAUGGUUGGUUCAUUACGGAACAACAUUCACAUAAAUAAUUUUGACCGGAAGUCAUUACUGGAAAAAGGAGAUGCUCCUGCCCAGGAGCUGGUAAAUUCCUUGCAGGUUUUUGAAACAACAGCAGCUUCAAUGGAUACUCAGCUACAUCCUCUGUUAAUACAGCAUUUGCCUCACCUUUACAUGUGCCUUCAACAUCCCAGCACUGCCGUGAGACACAUGGCUUCCCGUUGCGUGGGUGUUAUGAGUAAAAUAGCUACCAUGGAAACAAUGAAUAUCUUUCUAGAGAAAGUUCUACCAUGGCUGGGAGCAAUAGAUGACAACACCAAACAAGAAGGUGCAAUUGAAGCACUGGCAUGUGUAAUGGAGCAGCUGGAUGUUGGUAUUGUUCCAUACAUUGUUCUUCUGGUGGUUCCUGUUCUGGGUAGAAUGAGUGAUCAGACAAACAGCGUACGUUUUAUGGCUACUCAGUGCUUUGCAACAUUAAUUAGACUAAUGCCUCUUGAGGCUGGUAUACCAGAUCCACCAAACAUGUCCGAAGAAUUAAUCAGGAUGAAAGCUAAAGAACGUCACUUUCUGGAACAAUUACUGGAUGGAAAAAAACUGGAAAACUAUGAAAUUCCAGUACCAAUCAAAGCAGAGCUCAGAAAAUAUCAGCAGGAUGGAGUGAACUGGCUGGCAUUUCUCAAUAAAUACAAACUUCAUGGAAUUCUUUGUGAUGACAUGGGCUUGGGAAAAACUCUACAGUCCAUUUGCAUUCUUGCAGGUGAUCAUUGCCUCAGGGCUCAGGAAUACGCAAGAACAAAACUAGUGGACAGUGUUCCUCUUCCCUCGCUGGUGGUGUGCCCUCCUACACUCACAGGACACUGGGUGGAUGAAGUAGGCAAAUUUUGCUCGAAAGAAUAUCUUAAUCCACUGCACUACACAGGACCUCCUACUGAGAGAGCAAGAUUGCAACACCAGGUGAAAAGACACAAUCUCAUAGUGGCUUCAUAUGAUGUUGUAAGAAAUGACAUCGACUUCUUCAGAAAUAUUAAGUUUAAUUACUGCAUUCUUGAUGAAGGCCAUGUAAUAAAAAAUGGAAAAACAAAGCUGUCAAAAGCAGUAAAACAGCUGACUGCUAAUUACAGGAUAAUUCUUUCUGGGACACCAAUCCAGAACAACGUCUUAGAGUUGUGGUCAUUGUUUGACUUCCUUAUGCCAGGAUUUUUGGGCACUGAACGCCAGUUUGCAGCUCGUUAUGGCAAACCAAUACUGGCAAGUAGGGAUGCCCGAAGCUCCAGUCGAGAACAAGAGGCUGGGGUUCUUGCAAUGGAAGCACUGCACCGCCAAGUUCUGCCAUUCCUGCUAAGGAGAAUGAAAGAGGAUGUGCUGCAAGACCUCCCACCCAAAAUUAUUCAAGAUUAUUACUGUAUUCUCAGUCCUCUACAGGUUCAGCUUUAUGAAGAUUUUGCCAAGUCUCGUGCCAAAUGUGAUAUUGAUGAAACCGUUUCUUCACUGAAUGAAGAGACUGAAAAACCAAAGCUUAAAGCUACAGGUCAUGUAUUUCAGGCAUUGCAAUACUUACGGAAGCUAUGCAACCAUCCAGCCUUAGUGCUAACAACCCAACAUCCGGAAUAUAAAAGAAUUACAGAGCAACUUGCAGCUCAGAAUUCAUCCCUUCGAGAUAUCCAACAUGCACCUAAACUGUCUGCUUUAAAACAACUGCUGCUUGAUUGUGGUUUGGGGAAUGGUGGAUCUUCAGAAAGCGGUACAGAAGCUGUUGUGGCCCAGCACAGAGUACUUAUCUUCUGCCAACUUAAAAGUAUGCUGGAUAUAGUGGAGCAUGACCUUCUCAGACCUCAGUUACCUUCAGUCACUUACUUACGACUAGAUGGCAGCAUCCCUGCUGGUCAGAGGCAUUCCAUUGUUUCACGGUUUAAUAAUGACCCAUCUAUAGAUGUUCUUCUGCUCACCACUCAUGUUGGUGGAUUGGGACUUAACUUAACAGGGGCUGAUACAGUAGUAUUUGUGGAACAUGACUGGAACCCAAUGAGAGACCUGCAAGCCAUGGAUCGGGCACAUCGCAUUGGGCAGAAACGUGUUGUUAAUGUGUAUCGCCUGAUAACCCGGGGAACUCUGGAGGAGAAGAUCAUGGGUCUUCAAAAGUUCAAAAUGAAUAUUGCAAAUACAGUGAUCAGCCAAGAAAAUGCAAGCUUACAGAGCAUGGGAACAGAGCAGCUUCUUGAUCUGUUCACUCUUGACAAGGAUGGGAAAACUGAAAAAGCAGAUACCUCUACCUCUUCUGGGAAAGCAUCAAUGAAAUCAGUACUCGAAAACCUUGGAGAACUUUGGGAUCAAGAGCAGUAUGACACUGAAUACAGUCUUGAAAACUUUAUGCAUUCGUUAAAGUAACCAUCACAUAUUUGUAAUACAACUGCUGCUAGUUCACAUUUUUCUGCUGAUAUUCAGCAAACUUCAAAGCAUAUAGAGUGAACCUUUAGCUUAAUGUGUAAAUAGACUUAUUGAAAGAGGAAUCUUUAGAAGAGUGGCACCAAGUAGUGUCACCUGUUUCACUGGGAAGUUAUUCUGUCUUAAACGUUUGCACUGUAUAAAAGAACUUUAAAUGUACACAUUGUGAGGUGGUUUGAAUUUUACUUGUUCUGAACAGCUGCAAAUUCUUACUUGGUAGAAGAAUUAAAACAAAGCAGGUUUUUACA